UAAGUAGAAUACCACAGCUAUCAAAAUUUAUAGGUUGCAGGUUAGUACAAAUGACGCAUUCCCCGACAUUCCAUACUUGCUCGUCAUGCAGCUUCGUCGAAAAGCCUCCAUGGAAAUCUCCUCCAAAUCUUCGCAAAAGCUUUGCCACUGUGCCUCCAUGGAACUGCAAACCUGCGAUAGUAGUACAACAAAUGCAUAAUUUAUCCACUUCAAGCCCUGGGAAAAUCCCAUAUUACAAAAGGGUCCCUCCCUUCUUUUCGAUGCCCAUACCGCGGCUUCCCCUCCUCCUCAAGAUCGCCGCCGCGACCGCCGCCGGCGCGUUGGCGCUCAUUGUCGCGGCGGGGCUCCGGCGGGAUGACGCCGUCGCCUCCCUCCGGCGGGAGAUACGCGACGCCGUCGCCGCCCUCGUGGCGAGCAACGAGGACGGCGUCGUCGAGGGGGAGGGCGAAGGCGAGGACGCCGCCGAGGCCCCGGCGCCGUCCGUGCUGAUCACGGGGUUCCGCGCCCACGGGAAGAGCUCGCUGGUGAACACGGCGUGCCGCGCGCUCGCGGCCGAGGAAGGCCCGCUGCUGCUGCGCGCGGAGGCGUCGCCGCCGGGCGGCGGGUCCGACGGCACGCGGAAGCGGCGGAGGGUGAAGGCGGCGGUGGCCGGGGAUAGCGGUGACGCGGGGACGGACGAAGCCGUGGUGGAGCUUCUGGACGCGCCUCCGCUCCCCGAGGCGACGAGGGCCACGAGAGCUGACAUCGAUGCGGCGAUCAGCGGGGGGAACCCGGAGUGCGUGGUGCUGGCGCUGCGCUGCGACGCGCCCGCGAAGGAGCGGAACGCCGCCGUGAAGCGCCUGCCGGAGAUCUCCGCCGCCGUGAGGGCGAAAGGUCUGAAUUUGAUUGUUGUAUUGACUUUCAAGAAGGCCAUGAGAUCAGCAAGACAAGCUGAAGAGCUCAUACGAGAGGUUUCAUUCAGGGCGAGAACAGAUUGUGUCUACUUCAUCGAGAACUACACCUGGAACAAUAAUGGUCCCAACCUUCGCCAUCCUCCUGUCAUCAAGAACGACUUUGAGACACAUUUCACGGUUCUGACAAUCAUUCGACAGUGCCUUGAGUUCAUCAAAUUAAAUAGGAGUCAAUCCAAGCGGGAGGAAAAUGGUGAGAAGGGUAAUUCAGGAGAUGUUAAAGGUAUACUGGAAAAAGUCUUAACAGCAAAUGCUAAAUCUUCAGGAGAACUUAGCGUUAAACCUGCACUGGAAAAAGUCUUAACGGCAAAUGCUAAAUCUUCAGGAGAACUGAGCGUUAAACCUGCAGAUGUCAAACCUGUUCUGACUGUUCAAUGAUUAUUACUGAAAUGUCAGAGCAAUUCGUGCGCACACUCAAUCAUCACACAUUUGCACAGGUAUGACUUACUGCAGUACUUUGUAUGCGUUGUAUGAGGUAGUUUGCUACACUGCACAAAGUGUAUGUUCAUUCAUUCAUCCGUUCUGUAUGAUGUUAUAUAGGUCUUUUUAUUUGGGUGUGUGGCACAUAACUGAUUUGUUGGUAUUGCCAUCAUCUAGAGACAUAAUUAAAGAAAGUGCCUAGAAAAAAGCAAAGUGGAAAGCCUCUUGCUAUA